GUGGUUCUCCCCUCGAAGGGAAGGAGUCACGGGGGGACAAUGUGGGCAGAGACGUUUUGUCAGAAGCCUGUUUUGUGAACUACUUCACCUUAAAUGACGUUCCCACAGAGGCCCUGCGACGCCGGGAAACCAAAACCAGCCAGUCCUAGCCGGUCCACCAGACAGCUCUGCAGUCAUCGCUGUCUCAUGAAAUAUUCACCACCCCUCAGUAGGCUUAUCAUCAAGGAGACGGCUCUCGCGCCAGAAGGCACCCGAGGGAAGGAGCACUGGAGAAGGGUCUGCACACAGCUGCUGACACCCAGCUGCUGACACGGCAGCCCCUGGGGCGUGUUUCCAGAACCCUCAGCCUCGCAAGGUGGAGAAAAGCCUGCCCUGAAGGAGGCGAGAGACGGGAAGCUGGAGUGGGGAUGUCGGGAUGGAGCCCUCGACCCCCUGGAAAGCUGGCUCCAAGCAGAAGGAGGGCUUUGGGGGUCAGCCCAGGAGGGUCGCUGACCUGGGCGCGGGCCCCAAUCUGCAGCGAAGCGACAGCAGUCUCCCCAAGAACAGGAGGUCCCAGUACCUCCUAGGCAACUGUGAAAAGCAAAAAAAUCUGAGUUCCUGGAUUCCUGAAAACAUCAAGAAGAAAGAAUGCAUGUACUUUGUGGAGAGCUCCAAGCUGUCUGAUGCUGGGAAGGUGGUGUGCGAGUGUGGCUACACGCAUGAGCAGCACUUGGAGGAGGCCACCUGGCCCUGUGCCUUCCAGGGCAAGGAAUGGGACCCAAAGAAGCAUGUCCAGGAGAUGCCAACGGACGCCUUUGGUGACAUUGCCUUCAUGGGCCUGGGCCAGAAGGUGGGAAAGUAUGUCCGCCUCUCCCAGGACACGCCCUCCAGCGUCAUCUACCACCUCAUCACCCAGCACUGGGGCCUGGAUGUCCCCAACCUUCUCAUCUCGGUCACUGGUGGGGCCAAGGAUUUUAACAUGAAGCCCAGGCUGAAGAACGUCUUCCGCAGAGGCCUGGUCAAGGUGGCCCAGACCACAGGGGCCUGGAUUAUCACUGGGGGGACCCACACGGGCGUGAUGAAGCAGGUGGGUGAGGCCGUGCGCGACUUCAGCCUGAGCAGCAGCUACAACGAAGGAGAAGUCGUCACCAUUGGAAUUGCCACGUGGGGCACCUUGCACAACCGAGAAGGCCUGAUCCAUCCCACGGGUGGCUUCCCUGCCGAGUACAUCGUGGAUGAGGACGGCCAAGGGCACCUGACCUGCCUGGACAGCAACCACUCCCACUUCAUCCUUGUGGAUGACGGGACCCACGGCCGCUACGGGGUGGAGAUUCCCCUGAGGACGAAGCUGGAGAAGUUCAUAUCGGAGCAGACCAAGGAGAGAGGAGGCGUGGCCAUCAAGAUCCCCAUUGUCUGUGUGGUGCUGGAGGGGGGACCUGGCACACUGCACACCAUCUACAACGCCAUCACCAACGGCACCCCCUGCGUGAUCGUGGAGGGCUCGGGCCGCGUGGCCGACGUCAUUGCCCAGGUGGCUGGUCUGCCCAUCUCUGAGAUCACCAUCUCCCUGAUUCAGCAGAAGCUGAGCAUGUUCUUCCAGGAGAUGUUUGAGACCUUCACCGAAGGCAGGAUUGUGGAGUGGACCAAAAAGAUCCAAGACAUCGUCCGGAGGCGGCAGCUGCUGACCAUCUUCCGGGAAGGCAAGGACGGCCAGCAGGACGUGGAUGUGGCCAUCCUGCAGGCCUUGCUGAAAGCCUCUCGGAGCCAUGACCACUUUGGCCACGAGAACUGGGACCACCAGCUGAAGUUAGCGGUGGCGUGGAAUCGCGUGGACAUCGCCCGGAGCGAGAUCUUCACCGACGAGCGGCAGUGGAAGCCUUCAGAGCUGCACCCCAUGAUGACGGCUGCCCUCAUCUCCAACAAGCCCGAGUUUGUGAAGCUCUUCCUGGAGAACGGGGUGCGGCUGAAGGAGUUUGUCACGUGGGACACCCUACUCUACCUGUACAAGAACCUGGACCCCUCCUGCCUGUUCCACUGCAAGCUGCAGAAGGUGCUGGCUGAGGAGCCAGAGCGCAUGGCCUGUGCGCCCAGCGCCCCGCGAGUGCAGAUGCACCACGUGGCCCAGGUGCUGCGGGAGCUCCUGGGGGAUUCCACACAGCUGCUGUACCCCCGGCCCCAGACCAGCGACCGGCCGCGGCUCACGCUUCCCGUGCCGCACAUCAAGCUCAACGUGCAGGGAGUGAGUCUCCGGUCUCUGUACAAGCAUUCAUCAGGCCAUGUCGCCUUCACCAUGGACCCGGUCCGUGAUCUUCUCAUUUGGGCCAUCGUCCAGAACCGCCGGGAGCUGGCAGAAAUCAUCUGGGAUCAGAGUCAGGACUGCAUUGCCGCGGCCUUGGCCUGCACCAAGAUCCUGAAGGAGCUGUCCAAGGAGGAGCAGGACACGGACAGCUCAGAGGAGAUGCUGGCGCUGGCUGACGAGUACGAGCACAGAGCCAUCGGAGUCUUCACCGAGUGCUACCGGAAGGAUGAAGAGAGAGCACAGAAACUGCUCAUCCGCGUGUCGGAGGCCUGGGGGAAGACCACCUGCCUGCAGCUGGCCCUGGAGGCCAAGGACAUGAAGUUUGUGUCCCACGGGGGCAUCCAGGCCUUCCUGACCAAGGUGUGGUGGGGCCACCUCUGUGUGGACAACGGGCUCUGGCGGGUGAUCCUGUGCAUGCUGGCCUUCCCGCUGCUCUACACUGACCUCAUCUCCUUCAGGGAGAGGAGGCUGCAGGCCAUGCGGGGCCUGCCCCGCAUCCGCGCCUUCUUCACCGCGCCCGUGGUCAUCUUCCACCUGAACAUCCUGUGGUACUUCGUCUUCCUCUGCCUCUUUGCCUACGUGCUCAUGGUGGACUUCCAGACCACGCCCUCCUGCUGCGAGUACCUCAUCUACUUCUGGCUCUUCUCCCUUGUGUGCGAGGAGCUGCGGCAGCUCUUCUACGACCCCGCCGGGUGCGGGCUGAGGAAGACGGUCUUCGUGUACUUCAGUGACUUCUGGAAUAAACUGGACAUCGCUGCCAUCUUGCUCUUCAUAGCAGGACUGACCUGCAGGCUCAUACCAGCAUCGCUGUACUCCGGGCGCGUCAUCCUCUCCCUGGAUUUCAUCAUGUUCUGCCUCCGGCUGAUGCACAUUUUUACCAUCAGUAAGACGCUGGGGCCCAAGAUCAUCAUCAUGAAGAGGAUGAUGAAGGACGUCUUCUUUUUCCUCUUCCUGUUGGCGGUGUGGGUAGUGUCCUUCGGGGUGGCCAAGCAGGCCAUCCUCAUCCACAACGAGAGCCGGGUGGACUGGAUCUUCCGGGGGGUCGUCUACCAGUCGUACCUCACCAUCUUCGGGGAGAUCCCGGCCUACAUCGACGGCGUGAACUUCAGCCUGGACCACUGCAGCCCCAAUGGCACAGACCCCUACAAGCCCAAGUGCCCCGAGAGCGACGCCACCCGGCAGGCGCCCGCCUUCCCCCAGUGGCUGACCGUCAUCCUGCUCUGCCUCUAUCUGCUCUUCGCCAACAUCCUGCUGCUCAACCUCCUCAUCGCCAUGUUCAACUACACGUUCCAGCAGGUCCAGGAGCACACGGACCAGAUCUGGAAGUUCCAGCGCCACGACCUGAUAGAAGAGUACCACAGCAGGCCCCCGGCGCCGCCCCCCUUCAUCCUCCUCAGCCACCUGCAUCUCUGCAUCAGGAGGGUGGUCCUGAAGAUACCCGCCAAGCGACACAAGCAGCUCAAGAACAAGCUGGAGAAGAACGAGGAGGCCGCCCUGCUGGCCUGGGAGAUCUACCUGAAAGAGAACUACCUGCAGAACCAGCAGUGCCAGCGGACGCAGAGGCCGGAGCAGAAGAUCCAGGACAUCAGCAAUAAGGUGGACACCAUGGUGGACCUGCUGGAAAUGGAGCGUGUGAAGCGGUCGGGCUCCAUGGAGCAGAGACUGGCCUCCUUGGAGGAGCAGGUGGCCCAGAUGGCCGGAGCACUGCACUGGAUGGUGAAGACCCUGAGGGACGGCGGCUUCGGCUUGGAGGAGGGCCUCCCCACUCUGGCACCCCAGAAGGCCUCAGAGGGGCAAGACCCUGAGCUUGACGGAAGGCAGAAAGCAGAGGACCCGGGUGACGCCCACCACGUGAAUGCCCGCCACCUCCUCUACCCUAGUUCCCGGGUUAUGCGCUUCCCCGUGCCCAACGAGAAGGUGCCCUGGGAGACAGAGUUCCUCAUCUACGACCCACCCUUUUACACGGCCGAGAGGAAGGACGAGGACAUGGUGGACCCUGUGGGGAGCACCCUGGAGCCUCUGUCCGGGAUCAGCUACAACGCCCUGGAUGGCCCCGUGGACCGCCGCAGCUCCCACGGCCCCUACGCCGUGCAGGACGGGCUCCCUCGGAACCCCAUGGGCCGCACAGGGCUGUGGGGGCGUGGGGACCUCACCUACUUUGGACCCAACCACACGCUGCAGCCCGUGGUCACCCGUUGGAGGCGGAACCAGGAUGGAGCCAUCUGUAGGAAGAGCAUAAAGAAAAUGCUGGAAGUGCUGGUCGUGAAGCGCCCUCUCUCAGAGCACUGGGCCCUGCCGGGGGGCUCCCGGGAACCAGGAGAGACGCUGCCCCGGAAGCUGAAGCAGGUGCUCCGGAGAGAGUUCUGGCCUUCCUUCGAGAGCUUGUUGACUCAGGGUGUGGAGGUGUACAAGGGGUACGUGGACGACCCUCGGAACACGGACAACGCCUGGAUUGAGACGGUGGCUGUCAGCAUCCACUUCCCAGACCAGAGUGACGUGGAGCUGAAGAGGCUGAACUCUCACCUGCAGCCCUGCGACCCGGGGAUGUCCGUCCGGUGGCAGGUCGUGGACAAGUGCAUCCCGCUGUACGCCAACCACAAGACCAUCCUCCAGAAGACAGGCAAGGGGCUGCUGCCGGGACGCUGCAUGAUGUGGUUUGGGGACCUGCCAUCCCUCACACCAGCUGGAGUCGCCGGCCAGACAAGCUCGUGAAUGGAAGGCGCCAGGGCGCCCUGAGGGGAGAGCUGAGGCAGGCGACAGGCGGCCAGUCACACCGCAGUUCCUCAGAGCUGAGGUGGCCGCUGGCACCCCGCCAGCCAUCGCUGCCUCUCCUGAGCAGGCUGGCAGCCUGUCAAGGGGCUGUGGGCCCCUGGCGGCCUUGACCCUCGGCUGGAGUUGCUCCCUCCUGGUCGUGUCAUCCUGAGCAGCACGUCCACCACCAGCGGUGCAGGGGCCCACAGCCUGCAUUUCCUGGACAGUUGGGGUUCCCCUGUGGCCUCCUCCUUGGGCUCAGGCCCCCCACAUGGCCUCCACUCUGACAUAACUCGGACUCUCGCCUGGCUUGGGGCAGGGCAGUGUGGGAAGCCCAGUUCAGCGCCCCGGGCUGCCAGGGCUGCGCCCCUUCGCAGAGACGGGGUACUGGGCAAGCACAGGCCUGCUCCAGAGAUGCAGAGGGUCUCUGCCUGUUCGCUGCCCCAGGCCCCAGGUGGGGUCCCCUACACCUGCACUCCCUGCUUCCCCUUCCUGUGAGCCUGGAGGGAGCAGACGGUGGGCGUGGACAGUGGGGGGCCACUGGGUUCAGUGUCGGUGACUCACAAGCCAUCAGUGUAAACCGUCAGGAGUGAACCAGAAAAUAAACAGAGUCACAGAGGUGUGCGGUGGUCACGGGGCUGUGGCUGGGCCACCGAAACCUCUCUCACCUCACGGGCAGGCUUUCCGUGGCCUGUGGCUGUCUCUCCACGGACACCCUGCAGGCCCCUCAGGUCCAAACUCUCGAUUUCCCUCUGACCCCCGACCCCCAGGCUCCGUCUCCUUCAUCCUCUUAGAUGAGCCCGCAACUGGGACUCAGCACCCUCGGGCCCUCGCCCCGCUCCCCCACCCUGCAGGUGCUCAGGCACGGGGGUAGGAGUGGGGGGCCUGGCUUUUUAUCUGGAAUCACAUACCCAGCCAAGCCAGCCUUCAAGCCGAAGCACCAAAUAAACAUUUUAAAAUAGUAA